UAAGAGGUUGUACAAUGAAGACACAAGUCCAACUAGAGGCACCCGACGGAGGAUGGGGUGUUUUCGUAUGCAUCGGCAUGGCGCUGCCAUUUAUCAGUGGCUUGGCUUCGUUACCAUCUUUUGGAUUGAUAUUUAGUGAUUUCCUCAAAAAUAUCGGCGCCGAAACAAGCGCAGUAGCUGUCAUAACCAGCGCCUUCUUUUGCGCAUUUAGCUUUGCCGGCCUCUUCUCUGGGUCGUUGUUCAAUUGGUUUGGUCUUCGGGCGAUUGGUCUGCUCGGCGGAUUUCUAUACUUUUUCGGAUCGAUACUGCAAAUAUUUGUACGUUCUACCUGGGAACUACUCUUCGCAUUUAGUAUUAUUCAAGGCUGUGGCUUCGGGUUGAUCGUGCCCACUUCUUAUACGACUUUCAAUAAUUAUUUUGUUAAGAAGCGUGUUAUGUGGAUGAGUUUCGCGCAGUCUCUGAUCGGCUUGGGGACUAUGUUCUACCCAGUAGGCAUGCAAAUGCUAAUGGAGCUGUACGGUUUCCGCGGUUGUCUGCUGGUAUUGGCCGCGAUUAACUCUCAUGCGAUACUGGGCAUGCUAUUGAUGCAGCCAGUGGAGUGGCAUAUGCGUAAGACGAGUGCGCAAACGGAUCCGGGAAUGCAGGCGACAACAAAAACUGGAUAUAAAAACAUAAAUAAACUUGAAGUUCAAAAUACAGAAUUAACUGUUAUCAAAAGUAUAAACAACAAUGAACUGAAUACGAAACAUGCUGAGGGAAGAGAAGCACAGCCACUAAACCAAAAUUACCUCUCACCGCUGAUGAGCAACAAAAAUUUUUGUUCGGCUACAUCAAGAAUGGAUUUAAACAAUCUCAACAGUCGUUCAUCUAGCAUUACAAAUCUUGGCAAUUGGACCGGACCGAUAGUUGUGCUUGACGCUUCACCGGAAAUGACGAGAGUUCACUCAACACUAGAAGUCAACAGGGAAGUAGGUGGUCUGAGAGGUCGAACUGGCUUUUGGCAAACUCUAGUGGAGUUCUUGGACUUGAAGCUGCUAAAGAAACCCGUGUAUGUUAAUAUCGUACUUGGCAUAUCUUUUGCGCUCUACUCCGAUAUUGCAUUCUUCACAUUGCAGCCGCUUUAUCUCUUCGAAUUGGGCUUUACGAAGGCGGACACUGCCAGUAUAAUAGCCAUCGGGGCUGCUGCUGAUUUAGCUUCUCGUAUAUUUUUAGCAUUUUCUGCUGUAUUCAUUCAAACACCGUCCCGCUAUAUAUAUUUAGCUGGCUCUUUCUUCACACUCAUCGCGCGCUUUGCUUUUUUGAAUGUUUACAACUUCAGAGACAUGGCUUUCACCACGGCCGCAAUGGGAUUCCUGCGUACAUGGAUCCAUGUCCCACUGCCGCUCGUCUUCGCAGAAUACUUGCCAAAGCAGAGAUUCGCCACUGGAUAUGGUCUAUUCAUGUUUCUGCAAGGCAAUAUAAUGUUUGCCAUUGGUCCCGUGGUUGGUUUGCUGCGCGAUCUAACACAAGAUUACAUUUUUACAUUCCACUGUUUGAACUUUUUUAUGGCGCUUUGUGCAGUGCCCUGGCUUAUAGAGAUUAUGUGUAUGAAAUGUAUGCGGAAAAAUUCUUUCUUCUGAUGAUGGAAAAUAAAGAGUU